CAACCGAAGAAACAGGCUGAAGGCAAACUCUCCGGCGAUCACCACGGUUGCUCUCCGCCGCUCUCUGCGUCGCUCAUUCGACCUACACAGAGAUGAAAGACAGUAGAGAUGGAAGCGGGUCUGAAAGAGUUACAAAAUCUGCCACUGCUAACUCCAUUCCGCUCAUCCUGGACGUUGAAGACUUUAAGGGUGACUUUUCAUUUGAUGCAUUAUUCGGGAACUUGGUAAACGGUCUCCUGCCAUCAUUUCAAGAAGAAGAGGCAGAUUCAUCAGAUGUACAUGGCAACAUAAGUGGCAAUGAUCUUUUGCCAAAUGGGCAUAUGCGUGCUCCAUCUGAUGUAUCAAAAUUGUCACAAGGACUCUCCUCCCCUUUAUUUCCAGAAGUAGAUGCCCUAUUAUCUCUGUUCAAGGAUUCUUUUAGGGAGUUGGUUGAUCUUCGAAAACAGAUUGAUUCAAAACUUUACAAUCUAAAGAAGGAGGUAUCUGUUCAAGAUGCUAAGCAUCGCAAGACACUUGCUGAGCUGGAAAAAGGUGUAGAUGGCUUAUUUGACAGCUUUGCAAGGUUGGAUUCACGGAUUUCAAGUGUUGGACAGACUGCAGCAAAAAUAGGAGAUCAUUUGCAAAGUGCAGAUGCUCAGAGGGAAACUGCUAGUCAAACAAUAGAACUCAUAAAGUACUUGAUGGAAUUUAAUAGCAGCCCAGGUGACUUAAUGGAGCUUUCAUCUCUAUUUUCUGAUGACAGCCGUGUUGCUGAAGCAGCUUCAAUUGCACAGAAAUUGCGAUCAUUUGCUGAAGAAGAUAUUGGAAGACAAGGCAUAGCUGUACCAUCUGUCAUGGGAAAUGCAACUGCCAGCCGAGGAUUAGAAGUUGCAGUUGCUAAUCUUCAGGAAUACUGCAAUGAACUGGAGAAUAGACUGUUAUCUCGAUUUGAUGCUGCAUCUCAGAGAAGAGAAUUGUCUACCAUGGCAGAAUGUGCUAAAAUUCUAUCUCAGUUUAACAGGGGCACAAGUGCCAUGCAACAUUAUGUGGCAACCCGUCCAAUGUUCAUUGAUGUGGAAAUCAUGAAUGCAGACACCAGAUUGGUUCUUGGAGACCAGGGUUCACAAGCUAGUCCCAACAAUGUUGCACGUGGACUUUCUUCCCUGUACAAAGAAAUCACAGAUACUGUACGCAAAGAAGCAGCUACAAUUAUGGCUGUAUUUCCUUCUCCUAAUGAUGUUAUGUCAAUUUUAGUUCAGCGAGUUUUAGAGCAGCGAAUUACAGCCCUUCUGGACAAAUUACUAGUGAAGCCAUCUCUCCUGAAUCCACCUCCCUUGGAGGAAGGUGGACUUUUAUUAUAUCUAAGAAUGCUGGCCGUGGCAUAUGAGAAGACACAGGAACUUGCUAGAGACCUACGAGCUGUUGGGUGUGGUGAUUUGGAUGUUGAAGGCCUUUCAGAGUCUCUCUUUUCUACUCACAAGGAUGAAUAUCCUGAACAUGAGCGGGCCUCACUUAGACAACUAUAUCAAGCAAAGAUGGAAGAACUACGAGCUGAAAACCAGCAGCUUUCUGAGUCAUCUGGGACAAUUGGGCGCUCUAAAGGUGCUUCAGUAGCAUCUUCCCCUCAGCAGAUAUCUGUGACAGUUGUUACAGAGUUUGUUCGCUGGAAUGAAGAAGCUAUAUCUAGAUGCACUUUGUUUUCAUCUCAACCUGCAACCCUUGCAGCCAAUGUAAAAGCAGUGUUCAAUUGCCUCCUAGACCAAGUCAGCCAAUAUAUAACUGAUGGGCUUGAAAGAGCUCGAGAUAGCCUGACAGAAGCUGCAGCCUUGAGGGAAAGGUUUGUGCUGGGCACUAACCUUUCUCGAAGAGUUGCUGCUGCAGCUGCUUCUGCUGCGGAAGCUGCUGCUGCUGCUGGUGAAAGCAGUUUCAGAUCUUUCAUGGUUGCUGUACAACGCUGUGGCAGUAGUGUGGCUAUAGUGCAGCAAUACUUCGCAAAUUCCAUAUCUAGGCUCUUACUACCUGUUGAUGGUGCUCAUGCUGCUUCAUGUGAAGAAAUGGCAACUGCAAUGAGGAGUGCAGAGUCAGCUGCAUAUAAAGGGCUUCAACAAUGCAUUGAAACUGUGAUGGCUGAGGUAGAACGGCUACUGUCAGCUGAACAGAAGGCAACAGAUUACAGGUCACCUGAUGAUGGAAUUGUUCCUGAUCAUCGUCCAACAACUGCCUGCACAAGAGUUGUUGCUUAUCUUUCUCGUGUGCUAGAUGCUGCAUUCACUGCACUAGAGGGUCUCAACAAACAAGCAUUCCUGACAGAACUGGGAAAUCGCUUACACAAAGGGCUGAUUAACCAUUGGCAAAAGUUCACUUUUAAUCCUAGUGGAGGACUACGCCUGAAGCGUGACAUAACUGAGUAUGGAGAAUUUGUUCGCAGUUUUAAUGCCCCUUCUGUCGAUGAGAAAUUUGAACAACUUGGCAUCCUGGCCAACGUAUUUAUUGUUGCACCGGAAAGCCUCUCAACGUUGUUUGAAGGCACCCCCAGCAUCCGGAGAGAUGCACAGAGAUUUAUUCAGCUUAGAGAUGACUACAAGAGCGCAAAACUUGCAUCGAGGCUCAGCUCGUUAUGGUCUAGUUAAAGUUAAUGUAGAAGUGAUAUUUGGACACCUGUAAGGUUUCAUGAACACCUACUUUGAGCAGUUAACCCAGUUGCCUAGUUUUGAUGGCACCAAAACCAGGUGAAGAGCUUUCGGGGUUUAAAUUCACGGCAGAGCUAGGCUCAUUGUCUAACAGAAGCAACUACAUUAGAGUUUGCAUUCUAAAUUCGAUUUUUCAUGCUUCUCUUUUUCAUCAUUUUUAAAUGUACAUUUCUGGAGAUAUGGAUUGGAGAGGAUACAGUAGAUUGAUGUUUUGAGGAUUUGAUUUUAUAUGCUUAGGUGCUCAAUUUUCGCUGUGGACCAUUUUAGGUUCUUGCUUCUUUGUAAAUUAUCAGUCACUAUAAUUACUGGUAUUGGUAGGUGAUUCCGUCUUGUUUGUUGCUAGAGAAUUUUCAGCAUGAUUGCAUUUUCCUCUUUCAGGGUUUUUUUUUUAAAAAAAAAAAAAAAAAUCAAAUUGCUAU